CCAUGGAACACCAUGAAUCCAACAAAUCAGCCACCUACAACUCAAAGAAACUUCACUAUGCGAAUCUUCAUUCACAACUUGAACAGUUAGAAAAAAACAUCACCCGUCUUCAAAGCAACAUCAAAGUGACAGCAGAUCAGGUGCCCUCAUUCAGAAAAAUGGCAAGCGUUCAUUCAGCAAUGUUUAUGGCUGCUUCUAGAGUGAUGAAUGCACCUUCGGAUAAUGUAAAUAACCCCGGUCAAUCCGCCAAGAAACCGCACACUUCCUGAGCAUCGUACGCAUCGAGCCCGAUCCGUAUAAAGACGACUCCAUUCAAGCAUCAGCAUUUGUUCCAUAGUCAUUACCACAGCUUCAUAUUCUUUUUUUUU